AUGGCUUCAGUAGUUUGGCAAAUUUUGCAUAAGCACCUUUUAGAUUCCGUCUUAGAGAGAUUGGAGUCGCCAAAGGAUUAUUUGCAUUUCAGCAUUGUUUGUAAGUGGUGGUAUUCUGUGGCAAAGGAUAACUACAAUCAGCGUGCUAAGGUGACAACUCCAGUGCUCUUGAUGAUUCAGACUGCAAAAAGAGGCACAUGGUCAUUGUGCGAUGUCAUGCAGAAUAAGGUCCUUGAUUUUCACGUACAGGUUCCUAACGUGCGAUUCUGCGGCUCUUCAAAGGGAUGGUUGAUAUAUGUGGACAAGGAUUCUGUAGUAACCCUGGUUAAUCCAUUCUUUAGGGUUAAAGGGGCGAGAAAGAAAGAAAAUUCCAUCAUUCGCCUUCCUCCACUCAUCGGCGGUGUUCCACCAUUGGAGAAUUGGGAUUCGUCUAUCAGCUACUAUUUUGCCUACAAAGCUAUACUUUCAGCAGACCCUGUAUUAUGUGCAGACAAUUACAUUGUUGCGGUGAUAUGCGAGGGAUAUUGUCAAAUGGCCUUUAUUAGACCCGGCAAAGACACAACAUGGACUUUUGUUGACGAUAGUCGGCAUAUAAUUGAAGAUGUUGUUCCUGUUGAAGAUCAAGUUUAUGGCGUUGAUCGACGCAACCAAAAUCUUGUCACUUUUGAUAUUACUGCUCAAUACAAGUGCAAUCUGAUAUUGGAUGAACCGGAAAGGAAUGGACUGCCAGUCAAGAGGUACCUUGUGGAUUUAAACGAGAAAAGAUUUUUAAUGGUCGAAAGGUGUACGGAUGAUAUAGAUGGCAAACGCGUGACUGUUCAAUUCAGACUUUUUGAACUCAAGUCUCACAAGUAA